CCCUGACCAACCCUCCGCGCGGUAUCCCCGCCUGCAAUACGGCAAGUGUCUCUGAAUUCUCACUCAUUCUGUUAUUACUGAAUGUAUAAAAUCCAAUUGCGUUCAAAUUUCUCAUAAUUUUCCUCACCGGAUACCCCUUUGUUCCCACCUGGAACCGUUCAGGACGACCGCUUUCUUCCUACAACCAUGGCGACGAUGCGCAACCCACGCCUCGCUCUCCUCUCAUCACGCUUCGCCAAUCCCCUGAGUAUCACUCAGCAAUGCAUCCGCUGCCUGCACAAGAAUGCAGCUCCUCGCCCUGUGCCAUCACCGACCCCUUUCGUCCCUGAUGUGCCGACCUUCCUCACCCUGAUCGGGCGUGACAUGUCCAAGCACGCAAGCAAGCUUACGUCCUGGGAGCAAUUAUUCACACUUUCAUCCUCGGAACUGCGAGAGUUGGGAAUCGAGCCCGCGCGUCAGCGACGAUACCUUCUACGACAACGCGAGAGGUUCAGAAACGGAAUCUACGGUCCAGGUGGAGAUCUGGAGAACGUGGUUGAUGGCGUGGCACAGCUACGUGUUGUUGAAGUGCCUCAGGGGGAACAGGACGUGAACAAUGCUAGUUCUUCCAAGGAUAGCGCGGAUGGUGCUGCCGCUGCCGUUACGGCCUCUGCGACCCUGUCUCCGUUCACGAAGAGGGCUAUCGUCAAUCUCCUCCCGGACGCAACCGAAUACAAGCAUGAAGCCUCGAAGCCACUGAAGAAGUUCGCCAAGAUGAAGAUCCACCGCGGGACGAUGAUCAAGGGCCCGUUCUUGAAGCCCAUCAAGGGAACGAACGGUUCGGCGGCCUUGAUCCAGGUCCAGGAGGGAAUGUGGGAAGACAAGCAGGGACACAAGGUUGAUGGCGGUGAGCGAAGACGUGCGGAAGUCCGGGCAAAGAAGAGAAGCCAGGAGAGGAAAGAGAGCACCGCUUAGAAGUACACCACAAACUACAUAUGACGGCGCUUAACUGGCUUUUAUCGAUCUUUUUCUCUCCCUCCCUACCGCGGAGUAGGGCUGAAGACACCACAUGUAUUC